AUGGCUGAUACAAUCCUUAAGUUAAGUCGAGGUUUAGUACACAUCGACACAAAUAACGAUUUCCGUUCGGAUGAAAUUCAUUAUCAAGUUACUUUCACAUUUCUGAUUAUCGCUGCCGUCGCCUCCACAACUCUCCAGUUCUAUGCAGAUCCUAUUCAGUGUAUUCAACCAGCCCAGUUUACAGAUGGCUAUACAUCGUUUGCUCGAAAGAUCUGUUGGUUGAAUAACACGUACUUCUAUCCUCAAACUUACACAAGAUUACCGAUGGACAAAAACGAACGACAACAACACACUCUUAGAUAUUAUCAGUGGUUACCAUUCGUCUAUCUCAUCCAAGCAUUCUUCUUUCUUCUUCCACAUCUUAUCUGNUAUACAGAGAAAGAUUAG